CUGGGCAGCCCCUCUCUGGGGGCCGCGGUGCCGGGGGCUGGCGCUUGCACAGGGGUUCGCUGCGGGGCCGGCUGUGCAGCCGCUAGAUGGGGGUGCAAAUACGAGCAAAUUCGAGCAAACGUGAGCCCUGCCCGGCUCUUCCGCUCCCCGCAGGAAGCAGGAAAGGGGACGGGGACAGAGACUUGGGGCAACCUGGCUUGGGGUGCCUGGGGAGCCCGAGGUCACCUGUCUUCUGCUGGCAUCCUGGGCUGGCCGGGGACAUGGUGGUCCUGCGGGCUGGGCUCUGCCCUGGUCUCACCGAAGACAUGAUCCAGCUUCUCAGGGCGAAUGGCAUCAGGACAGUGGUGGACUUUGUGUCCUCAGACAUGGAGGAUGUUGCCCAGAAGUGUUCCCUGUCUUACAAGGCGCUGGUUGCGGUGAGACGUGUGCUCCUGGCCCAGUUCUCUGCCUUCCCUGCCAAUGGAGCAGACCUCUACGAGGAGCUCAAGAGCUCCAUGGCCAUCCUGCCCACUGGGAGCCCAAGCCUGGACAAGCUGCUGGACUCCGGGCUGUACACGGGGGAAGUGACAGAGCUCAUGGGAGCACCAGGCAGCGGGAAGACGCAGGUGUGCCUGGGCAUUGCGGCCAGCGUGUCCCUCGGUCUCAAGCAGCAUGUCCUGUUCCUUGACUCCACGGGUGGGUUCACCGCCUCCCGUCUCUACCAGAUGCUUCAAGCCCGGACAGAGGAUGAGGAAGAGCAGCUGGAGGCUCUGCAGCGGAUCCAGGUGGUCCGUGCCUUUGACAUCUAUGAGAUGCUGAGUGCCUUGCAGGACCUGCGGGAUCGCCUGUCCCAGCAGGUCGUGAGCUCCAUGGGACCUCUCAAGGUUGUGGUGAUCGACUCGGUCUCUGCUGUGAUUUACCCGCUGCUGGGCGGCAAGCAGUCGGAGGGCUUGGCCAUCAUGAUGCAGCUGGCCAAGGAGCUGAAGACACUGGCCAGGGAGUUCAGCCUUGCUGUUGUGGUGACUAACCAGGUGACAAGGGACAGCAGCACUGGUCUGCUGAAGCCAGCCCUCGGCCGCUCCUGGAGUUUCGUACCCAGCACCAGGGUGCUGCUGGAGAGCAAGGAAGCCACUUGGGAGAAAGUCACCACACAGCGUGUUGCUUCCUUGGCAAAGUCACCCCGGCAGCCGACAGGGAUACAGGUGGAGCUGGAUAUUGGAAACUUUGAAGCACGGGAGCCGAGCCCAGCAACACCCACACAGGGGCUCUGAUGUGAGUGGGAAAAAAAAAAAAGGUCAAGGUCCAAGAGAGCUGCAAAAAAGCAGGCAAGUGCACUGAAGGUUUUCCAGACUGUGUCUGAGUCCUGCAUGACCAACAUGAAGCUCUUGUUCUGUGCUGGGGAGAAAAUGAGCGUGGGGUUCCCUGGAGAUCUCCUUGCCUCAGCAGAUGCUGCCUGCGGUGGCUGGGUGGUGUGAGCAGCACAACCGGGUCCUCUCCUCUGCUGCAGGCUUGUCUUCAACCAGCAGAGCCAGCCCUGUCCCAAGGGGUUGGCUUGGGACCAGCUGGCAGGUCCCUGCACAAACCCAUGACUCCUCAUGAUGGUUUUGUUCACCCCAUAACUCGCUGCCAUCUGAUCCCGGAGCUCUGAGCAUCCUUGGGCAGCCCACUGUCGUCUUGGUUCAGAAAUGUAAGAAAAAGAUGUUGCACAGUGCUGUGGUUGUUGAGAGCUAGAAUUCAAUUAAUAGUGGCUGCUGUUAACUUAAUUAAAAUGUUGAGGUUUAGUCCCCAGCAGGACUGGGAUGGGACAGGCUGUUCAUGAGCAGGGACAUAAUCAGAUGCUUGAUUUGACCUCUCUGUGAAGUAUAAUAACACCAAGCCCUACAGGGAGCUGCUGGUAUUUUUGGGGCACUGUUGUGCUGUGCAAAGAACUGCUGUUAACUGAUGGAGGUGAUGACCUGGAUCAGCUGUGCUGUAUCAGUCCUGACUGACACCAGCUGGCCCUGUCUGAUGCUCAAGGACCUAUUCCAUUGCAUGUGGUGCAGUUUAAAAUAAUCUCUUUGCUCCAGUGCUUUCCAGCUGCUCUGGGUGCCCUCCUGGGAGCUAGUGCAGGGCUGCGGAGGAGACAGGAGGCUGGGAUGGAGCGUGGCCUCUCAUGAUCCCAAAUGUCUGAGAUACCCUCAUUCUCUGUUUAAUAAGAAACCUCUGUGGCAGGUGAGGUGAGGUACAGCUUGCACCUCUGAGGCUGCUGAUGUACAUUGGGGGUCCUGGGACUCAUCAGGUCAUGCCUGUUAAACUAAUAACACAGCAGUACAGCUCCUGGAGCUUCUGUAGGAGUGCUGGGCAAAGAGGAGUCUGAUUAAACCAGAACUUGUGUGCUAAUUUCUCCAGAGUAGACAUGACUCCAUACAACCCCGCAUUUGUGAGCAAUAACUGCUGUAGGAAAGAGGCAGCUAAAAGGGGUAUGUGAACAUGUUUGAGUUUCCCAGGAGGCAAUGGCAGGUCUCAGCACAGGUAUUUUUGACUUGCUUGUCUGUCAGAGCUGUGUUUCCUGCAAAACUGAGCUCUUGGUGCUCCCAUGGCUGUGAUUUUGGGGGCAGGUCCCACCUCCUCCAUUGUGGCCACCCAGCUGCUGCAGCUCCAUCCAUGCGGCUGUGGGAAUGGCUGCGCUCCCAGCAGGUCCUUCCCGAGGAGGGGAACAUGCCAGAGCUGUACCAUUAAACAGUUUUUCAGUAAAAAUAAAUGUAUUUUAAAGUUGUGUA